UUUGAUUUUAAUUUGUGGCUGCCUGGGACUCGUCCUGCGUGGCAGAACUUUAAAUUUAGAUAUCGCUUAUGGUGUAGUUCUGUUUCAGAGCCUGGCGAAAAUUUACGAUAUUGCGUUGAAGACUUACAAAUAUUUUUAUCCUUUUUUCUAAUUUUUGUUCUGGUGAACACCACGGGGAGUAUUUCAGGUUUGACAAUGGCUUUUAAAGUCUUACGAAUUUUGCUGACUUCUGUCGUUCUCAUAACUGCAGUUGUAAAUGUUUGGUUUGUUGCUGAAAACUGGAGCAUGGAAAACACACCCCCGUGGGAACUAAAAGUUGAAGACAGAGGAAAAAGAAAGAUGAAUGAAAUUGAUUCAGACACAAGUUUUGUAGAAGGUGCGUAGACAUUGUUGUAUAGCUAGCAAUUAAAGCAAACGUCUUUUCAAGCUUCGGGAACAAGAUGCAUAUGGAACAGAUCGACAUUCUGAUCUGUAAACGAAAGAAACAAAUCGUUUGUGAUGUUUCUAAACCGAAUCCUAUGUUUGAUUGAAAUAUUGAUAUGUAACACAUAUCACUGAAGUGUGAAAAUUAAAGAGUCGCAGUGUAUCGUUACUAAUUUGACCUUCUGAUACCUAUGUACUCUAUUUAAGAAAUUUUGAAGACCAAUAUCGAAGACGAGCAAUAUUUCUUCCGCGUUCAACAGCAAUGGUUAAAAAUUUAUUUCAAAUACACUAAGUAUCAUAAAGUAGGUUGUGGUUUUUCAUCAAGGUAAAUAACACUUUCAAAAGGGGAGGGAUCAUCGUUUUUCCCACGAUGUGGUCACUUCGAAAGUGAAUCGCGACGUCUCGAUUGCAAACUGGUAGUCUUUUACGGGCGGUAUGGUCGAUUAAGUAGCGUAUUCAAUCGCGUACUUAGUCGACCACAUCGCCUGACAAAGACUGGCAGUAUGGCAGUAUCAACAUCGUGAUAAAAACGAUUGUACUUCAGGCAAACAUUGAUAUGAGCGAGAAAAUCUUGUGGAAGGAGUGGAAACAAUUCGAGUUUUCAAAGCUUCAUUUUUUCUAGAAAAUAAAAAUGAUUUCAGUUUCUAGAAACAGUCAAGUCCAAGACGAGAAGAAAGUGGCAUCCUUCGAUGUAAACAAAUGUUUAAAUAAUUACAAAGUAUAGUGUCCAAAAAAUUUGUUUGUAAGAGAAAGUUUUUAAUAAUUUUUUGAUGAGCUCUUCAACACAAUCCGAUCGGCGCCCUCAAAUUUAGACAAGACGAACUUGAGAUCAUAUUACCUUUUGCGAUCAUAGAGGGUUCAGUUUCAUUUACUAUUACAUUAAUGAAAAAAAAACAGGUGUGCUGUAAACCAUUUCUUUUAAUUGAGAAAUGGGAUAAGUUUAGUACGUGAUGUAUUUCGUAUAUGAUAAAUGCAUAGAAUCUGUGCAUUCGACUUUUACAGCACCUUGUUUUCGUCAGGGGAAUUUGUAAAAAGCAUUUCAGAUAUAAUAAAAGAAAAAAUGAAUUGAAUAUUCACAAUAAUAUAAGUGAAAAAAAGUUGUGCCGAAACCUUAGGAACCAAAUGCGGGUGGUAAACUAUGUCAGGCUUGUCAAAUGAGUUGUUAAUGUGAAUGGACCACCGUAAAGUGGUUCUAAAGCUGAUGUUUCGAGAAUUUGAUGUUUUCUCAACUGACGUUUCUUACCGUUCAAGAUUUAAGAUGCAAAAUAGCAAAAAUUUUUCUCCUAGUUGUUAGAAAGGUCUGAAGCGUAUCGAGGAUCAAUUUAGGCGAAAAUGAUGGAUUUUAGGGUCGCAGAAAUAAACAAACCUCAUAAUUAAUGGUGUAAAAAUUAAUGCUGACAAGAAUUACAGCGACUAAGAUCUCGGCGAAUUCUCCAAAUGUGAGAUAAUAUUGGUAAGGAUUAGCGAGACAAAUUGAGUGCCAUUUCUACCACGAAUGGACAAAUUUUCCUCCACUGAUAUUUCUAUUUUUCCAAUGGAGUGAUAGAAUCAACAGAAACUAACAAAAUAUCGCCUUUUCGCAGCAGUUCCAAAAUUUUAAAUUUUUUUCUCUGAAAUGCGGCUUAGAAACAGAAAACAACGUUUUAAGUUAAGACCAACUUCAUUACCAGGUUCUGUUUUUUUGUUUUUUUGUUUUUUUUUUUUCACUCAAGAGGAGAGGUCCUAGGAACAAAUCUUGGCGCACACGCAGCUUCCAGUCUCCAACAAUUCCCCGUGGUGUUUGCCAGAACAAAAAUUAGAAAAAAGGAUAAAACGUCAGGCAUGAUGUAUUCGCUCAGACAGUAAUGGCUAAAUCAAUGAAAUGUCCAGAUGUGGUACACUUUUAAAUCAAGCUUAUUCAUAUCAGCUAACUCUUUUUUUUUUUUUUUUUCAAACAGAUGGUAUGGACAUUCAAGUUCGUUCGGGCAAAGAGGAGGUGUCGGUUGUUGUUGAUGGAAAAGUGGUAAAUGUUCAUCGCUAUAGCUUCAUUUAGUUUUUGGUUUUAUAUUAUAUGCUGAAUUGGACAUACAUUUUGAUUGGUGCGUAGGAUCUGUCGGAGGACAGACGCAUGGACAAAGUUUUCUUCUCUUAGGUUAAAGAAAAAAAAUUGAAAACCAAGAGAUUCAUUAUUGUGGUGCGUCUGUUUAGGAGUAGAUCUCAGAAGACUUCAAAAUGUGAUAGGAAAGUUAGUUAUACACUCGGCUGGUCUUCCUGUGGUACUUUUUUGUUCUUACCACAUUUUGACGUCAUCAGUGAUCUAUUACUGAACAGACGCAAGGCAGCCAGAAAUAUAUUUCUUUAAUUCUGCUCUGUGGUUGACUUUAAAGCUCACACUGUUUUUACUUUGUACUCUUAAGGUAUCAGAAAUCAAGGAUAAAAAUGUCCGAGGAAUGAUAGUGGUUGUUUUAAGCCAAACAACGGGCUCCCUUAUGGCUGUUAGAGCGUUUGACACGUAUUCAUCCAAAGACGAAGGACAAGAACUAAUAAAAUUUUUCGGUCUACUGCAGGAAGGAAGGAUUGUUUGCGUGGCCGUGAAGGCAAGUUGAGUUAAGUUACCACGAGGAACACAUAACUUUAUUUCAAAAGUAUUCCGAUUGUCACUGAGGACAACAGAUUUCAAUUUCUAACUUAAUAAAAUUUUAAACGCAGAUGUAUCUAAAUACGAGGGGAAAUGUACCAACGCCCAAAUUAAUAAGCCUGCGAUAAUUAUAACUUGUCAUGAUUGAUUUUAAAUUCAAGUCGCAAUUUUUAGAGAUGGGUACAUCAGACCAACCCAUCUGGAAACGAGGUUGCAAUCAGAUAUUAGUUUGAUUGGCAUUUGCAAGGAGACUGGGUCUGCAAGGAUACGACUCUUGAUAUAUUUCGAACUGUGUAGGACGUCAAAUAGUAAUAUUUUUGCAGCAUGCUAAUCUUGCACCCAGGACCAACUUCUGUGGUUGAUCGUUAGAGAUCUGGGUUUAAGGAAAGGUGAUGAGAUAAUACCCAAGAUGGUGUGCAUUGAAGAGGAGGGUCACUGUGCGACAAUAGCAGCAAGCGCAAAGCUAUCUAGGAAUUACCAGGCCAAAUGGGCGGUUAUCGAGGCAUUUCAAUUAAACAGAGGACUUAGAGGAGACAGUUUUAAGAAGCAGAGCGCAAACAUAACCAAUGCCUUGAAUUUCAAACGUAUUUACCCUUCAAGUUUAUUGGCCCCUUUUUUUAAGACCCUUAGAGAUUUGGCUGGAAGUGUCCCUGAAAUGUCAAAGGUCUCUUCUACCCAAUCCAUCCUCUGUAUCACUCAGGUAAAAGGGGAGGAUUGGAGCGAGGCCAACUCUUGUAUCAAUUCUCCAUUUUUUUUCCACUAAGGAUGAAGCAGCGAGCAACUUAGAUGGUGACGUUCGAAGCUACAUUGAGAAGUUAGGAAGCCGUUAUGUAAAUGUCCUUGGCUGGCGGGAUAUGUGGGCGUUUAUAUUCCAACAGGCUACCAAUCAGAGGAAAACAUCUGUGGAAAGCCAUCAGAGGUCUCCAGAUUUUGACAGCUGGGGAAAUGAUGUCACAAUUCGAGCAUAUCUGAAGCGGGAGACAGGCAUGUCCAGUGAAUGCAACUGGGAACAAAACGAUGCAGGGCGUCGUAGAACAGAAUUCUGCCAGAAAUUUGAAGGAUAUGGACGGGUUUGCCACUGUGAGUAUUCCAUUCAAGUUUAAGUAUUUAUUUAUACUCUUGAGUGGAGGGAAGCACUCGGAAAACUAAAUGUUGAGACUGCGUUUCUCCAAAUUAAUGACUUUUCCUUUUUAAAAAAGGAAUUAAAGUGAUUGAACGAAAAAAAGCACGUUUGACAAUAGUUGCGGCAGUCUUGCUUAAGUUUACCGAGGCGCUCGCACACAAGAGAGAAGACAUCACAAAAGCCGUUUAUCGGUGAGGCUCUAAACCGAUACUUCCAGUAAUUCAGUCGAAGCGAUUGCGCGUCCUGUCACACUCUUACUCCACGUCGCGUAACUAGAUCGUUGAGCUUCGAUUCGAAAUGACAGUACCUCUUUGAUAAUCUACUUUAAGGCAACGAUCCGGAAUCAAUCGAUUUCUACCCACCUCCUCUUGAAGAUGGCAGUCGUCUUGAUCUACCAGUGUUGGUUAUGGCUGGUAAUCGCCCCCACUACCUAUUCAGAAUGCUCAAGACCCUGCAAAAAGUCCAGGGGCUGAAUCCUGCCAUGGUAACCGUAUUUAUUGACGGCUUCUAUGAAGAGCCCGCCUCUGUUGCACAGGUGUUUGGUCUGAGGGUAGAUCGACAUGAAGGUAUCAGUAAAAGGAACUCAAGGAUUUGCCAGGUAAGCAAAGGUCGAGCUGAGGCCGAGUUUUCAAACCUUGUUUAAUAUUCAACUGUGUUUAUUUCUAUGGGGAUGACUAUGUUUAAUUAUUCAAAGAUAAUUUAGGUGUUUCCUUGAUGCAGAUCUCUAUAUAUUAACUUUCAUAACACCCAUUUACGCAGUAUGACGUGCAUGGGAGGUCCCCCCCCCACCCUCUUCUGCUAUAUCCAUCAUCAACCACUCUCAGACUGGUGUCCUCGCAUAGUGUUCCACAAGGUUGACUGUGCGUUUGUCCCUCCCUUUCCAGCCCUCAGGGGAAGGCUAAUCUCGUGAUUCCACGGGUGUUUUAUACUGCGCACACCUCUCUAUCUUAUGCCCUCCAUGGCUAAACCAAAUGCAAGAAGAGAGACGUUAAGACGCGAACCUCAACUUGUAUCUUCGGGCACUUGUUGGGGCUUGAGGCCUUUAAGUGUGUUCUCCAACCCUUGUCUGUAAAAUCGCACCGUUCGUGCGGAAACUUUUGCACAACGGAGUGGACCUUAGCGAUCUCUCCGUGCACGCACCCAUUCUGAUCGCACCAAGUAUAGCUUAUUUUUAUCUGAACCGUUUUGUAUUUACUUACUUCGUAUUCAGCAUUACAAGAAGUCCAUAACAACCUCCUUUGAAAAUUUCCCCGACGCCAAUUUCCUGAUUAUUCUUGAGGAAGAUCUUGACGUGUCUGUGGACAUUCUAAGCUACUUUAAACAGCUUCUCCCGGUCUAUGAGAACGACGAAAGUGUUUAUUGUAUAUCAGCUUGGAAUGAUCAGGUUUGAAAAGCGUAAAAUGUACAGUUCAAUAGAGAUAUCUGUGGAUUUAGUUAAAUUAAAUUGGAAGAGGGGUACUAAUAAAAGAGGUGCGGUGUUUGUUCACAUUGACAUGCGUAAGCAUAUCGCUAUGGCAACGAUUACAAAAAUAUUAUUUUUGUUGUCUCCUCCGAGACUUAUAUUGGAAUGUCACGCGAUCUUCCCCUGAAAGAAUCUGUGGCGUCGCUUAACAUCCUAAAGAAUGGCCGCAAAGGAAAAAGAAUUUGUGAACGGGGGAUGGGAACGCCUCUUUUAAAUGAGGCGGAAAGAUUUUGGAAUGGUUACACCUGAUUGUGAAAAUGCAUGGCCUACUUUUAAAGCCAUUUAAACGACAAAACCGACUGUGUUAUGCAAGAAGUGACGAUGAAAUAACUUGCUUAAAGGUGCACAGGGCUUCGGUACACAUGAAAAUAGAAAAAAAGUUGAUGUAAAGAUGAUAUAGAAAGAUCUUUGUAUCAAUUUUUCGCUGUUACGCAGGGCUAUGAGUACACCGUUCAUGACCCAUCAAUGACGUACAGGAUUGAAACUAUGCCUGGCCUUGGGUGGUGAGUACCAUUUGAGCAUUGGAAGGAUCAAGGGUCAGUGACUGGGUUUCCCUCACUGAGCUGUGAGAUCAGUCUUGUAAUCUCGAACCAAGCACCCUUUAAGCAAGAUACCAAACGAUAAAACCAAUCGCGACUUAGCUGGGAAAAUAAAAAUAUAGUCUGGCUUGAAAUUGGGCCUGGUUUAACCUCCUUAGCCGAGCGUUUUAAUUUUUUGACACGCAAUGAAGCGAUAAAAUUAUUUGUUAGCACCAAAUCGAGAAACGAGCUCGCUAGGGAAGGAGAAUAGUAAAUCCCGUGGGGAGAGGGGAGGAAGGGACGAUGGGUGCCAUCGGAAGACACCGUUCUCCUUCUAUGAAAAUGAAUUAGGAUUUCUUUUAUCAAUUUUUAGACUUUUUAAUUUUCUUACAGGGUAUUGAGUCGCAAACUGUACAAAGGAGAACUAGAACCCAAAUGGCCUGCUCCCAAUGUGUUCUGGGAUUGGGACAUGUGGAUGAGGACGCCGACGCAGAGGAAGGGCCGAGAGUGCAUCAUACCGGACAUCUCUCGCACUUACCAUUUUGGGGCCAAAGGUCUAAACGUGGACCCAGCUAUGAACGAAGCUUAUUUUAAAAGACAUGCGCUUAAUAAGGAAAUCGGUGUUAGGAUCAACGCAGAUCUCAUGUACAAAGACAACUAUGAGAAAGAGAUAAAUCGAUUACUGAGGUAAAUGCCAUCUACUAAUGGACUGAGGGGUGAGCAUGACGGGAAAGUAUGAUCUGACGUGCGGACCAAGCUACCGAGAGACGAAUAUUUUCCUGCGCGGCCUGACCUAGCUAAAAUUCAGUUAGCAUUUCAAAUAACCACCGCCAUUUCACUUUUAAAGUAGAACAAAGGGAAGUAUCUCAAAGACCCAAUGAGACCCAAAGAAGACACAAGCAAACUUUCUGCUGGUUUUAAGUCAUUGUCUGAUUGGUGGGUCGCACGAGUUUUUAAGCCAAUCAAAGAACGAGGUAGAUGAAAACCCACACAAUCCUAAAUUACCUUCGAAUACUCAAUUUGAAAAAUUUCUCUACAUUUGUGGGAAAGACAACCUUAUUUUGCUUUGGAUCAACUCUUCUCUUUUAUCUCGCCAGCCAAGCUGAAGUUCUUAAUCACUCAAGGACACCUUGUACAAACCCUAAAGACUUCAUACCUGACACUAAAGACAAGAUAUACGUGUUUUACAUCAGGAUGGAGAAUCCAAAAGACUAUACCACAUGGAUAAACGUUGCCAGAUGUUUUAAAAUCUGGGACUUGGAGGCCCGUGGAUUUCAUAAAAGUCUGUGGAGGAUGUGGAUUAAAGGCAAUCAUGUUUUAUAUGUUGGGUGUCCAGCGUCACCUUAUUGCAGUCACAAGCCGACUAAUGUUGAAGCUAUUUACAUGCCAAAUAAGGAAACGAGACCACCCGAUAAUAAUUUCUUUACCAAAUAAGGUUGGAGUUUGAGAUUUUAUCUUCAGCUGAGUGUAUUGAGGACGGAAUCAAAUGCACAUCGAUGUAAAUGUAUCUUAAUAUCCGUCGGAGUAUAAAGCAAUUUCUACGUUCAAUAACGUUGUUAUUCAGUGACUAGGUAUCUUGAGAUACCAAGGCGGACGAAAUUUUUUCACCAAAGCUCUCUUGGCUGUAUUUGAUUAUCACAGACAAGGUUUCAUCAUCAGUGCCAAGCGCGUGAAAACACACGCGAUCUUCCACGUGAUCUUCCACGUGAUCAAGUUGUGAAUGGUUUUAGCUUUGCGUGUGAUCGGUUCAGUGGAUGACAUGCCGCAGUUUUUUUUUAAACCAGUCGCGUUGCCUGGAUAGAAAAUGAAGCACGAGCAGUUUUGGAAAAUUUUUAACACUCACAUGAAAAUUAUUUGAAAUGCUUAAAUCACUUGAGAAUGGAUCCAGAACAGUAAAUGAUCGAGAAGAUAACCAUAUAUUUUUUUUCAGAUUUGUGCUUAACAAGAAAUUGAACCUCAAGAAUAAAACAUGUUAAGACUUCAAUUCAAAUACCUUGUUUGCACUAUUUCUUUUAUAACUUUAUGAUAAAAACUGAUUGUCCUUUUUAACUUAUGGUGCUUUUUUCUUUUUUUUUAAUUUUCUAUUGCACAAAUUUACACAAAUUCCACAUUUCUUGAGAGAUUUGGCGAUGAAUUUUCUAACUCGGAGACCGAGGGCUUUUCAUUGACAUCUGUCAAUAAUUUUCUUUUUUGGAGUUUGGGGAGGAGGGAAAAAAACAUUUUAACAACCUUGAAAAAGGUGAGAACUCAAAACAGCGCUUAAAACGUCACCUGCACAGUUUAAUACAUAAAAUGAUAGAAUAAUGAUAACAGUGAUUGAUCUUUUCGGCAGUGGAGUUCGGUGAGCCUUCUUUUGCAUUCAUUUUCUGGGAUGGUUCCCAAGCUACAGCAAAGGAAAUCGAAAACAUUUUUGUUUUAUUUUGUGUCUUUACGUCAUCGAUGAAUGCAAAUUGUGUCGGCUGUUGGCUUUGUCUACAAAAUUAUGCACAAUCACUUCGCAGGCAAAUCAGCAAAGCAACAAUGAAGAAAAACAUGGCAAAAUUAGUCUCAAAUUUUACUCGACAGGCAUCCCUGCUGGGAGUUGUUUUCAGAAUUAGGGGCAAGCUAACAAUCGCAUCUCUCAUUCGAGUGUUAUUGUGCGCAGCAGUAUGUACUGCCUUUCUUGGAAAUAUAAUAUUUCUACUGGAGAUGCGUAAAAUGAACAGCGAAAGAGAAAAAAAUUUCAUCGAUCGGAAAAAUCUUGGCCGAAUAUCUCUUCGAGAUCGUGAUGUUGCCGGAAGUAAAAUGGAAGAGACCAUUAACAAAGGUAAGUCUCUCUGGGUUUGGAUAAUUUUAAACAAGUUAGUCGCCUCCCUAAUGUUUAGAUAUUUUCUAUAGCUGGUAAAAGGCAUUUCUGUGGGAGGUCGUGUUUUAAAUAUAUAUUGUGCGCAUAAUUGUGCUCAUAUUUGCUGUGUCAAAGUUCGGUGGAAAUUUUAUAAAAAUGUUAAAACUGGAAAAAGGACCAUCUAUCACGAGCAAGUCUCUUAAAAGUCGCCAAGUUUAGCUCAUGAUCUAGCGGUUUAGGGUUGAAAUCUGGGAUGGAUUAUUAUGUUGUCUUCUUGGGAAAAAAACACUUCUUUCACAAUUCCUCUUUCCACUAAAGGGUGUACUGUGAGUGGAUACCAGAGACAAAGCAACGAAAAUUUCUAUCAAUCUUAAACUACUGAUGAUUCUAUGUCAGCCUGUUUAUAGCAAGAGACACUAUUCUCGGUCCUUUCUUCAUAGGGAACGCCUUGCACGAAAUUUUUAGUUGGGAAAACGGUAUGAGUUACUUGAUGAAAGUGAGUAAGAAUUAUAUCGAUGAAAAGCUUAGUGUUUCAUUGGGUAAACAUUCCUGAGAUAAGUCCCAACCAGUCAGCAGUCUCCCGCUAGAAUAGCGUGUAUCGUCUAUGAACGUACCACCUUUUCUAAAUAAAACUGUCGUGUGGUUCUUGUUUGAUGCAUAGGAUAUUUAGAUAUAGAAGUUUACUCCAGCAAAGAAAACGCCUCUGUGGUAGUGAAUGGAAAAAUAGUAAGUAUGUAUUGGAAACUGGUAAGUACGUAAGUGACAAUGGUUCUCUUUUUUAACGGUUAUAACCACUUUUUGAAUCGAAUGCUACGACUCACAUGAAGAGAAUAUUGCUACUGUGUCAGGGAAUAUAGGCCUAAGCCAUAUUCAUACAUGGCGGCCACGCGGAACGGCCUGGUUUCGAAGACGUUCAGAGCAACCCUUGACGCCGCCAUAUCUCUUAGCGGCUAAGUAGUCAGCGUGCCGGGAUCAAGAUUGAAGAGUCUGAGCUCAAGCUUUGGCUUGGCCGUUGUGCAAGAUACUUUUCUCCCAUCAGUGUUACUCCUCAUGAAAGGCCUGGGCACCAAUUAAUCGUCAGUGCCUCUCCAUCGUGCCACCAUCUUGAAAAUAACCCAGUAAACUGGCUGUGCAUGAAUGACGUCCCAACAUGCGCGCUUCACAAGCAGCUGAGGCAUCAGUUACCACAAAAAUUACAAAAACUAAGUUAUUCAGUCAAGAAUGCCUUUCUGUGUAACUUUAAAUUGUUCAACUCUUCGACCACAAAGAGUGACUAAUAUCUAAUUUCCUCUGACAACACCAUCCCUAAAUCGUACAUUAUGGUCACGAGAAUCAAGGAAAUAAUCACCAACUAAAGAGGCUCUUGAUAAAUAGCAAAAUUCUCCUUGUUAGCAUCUUAGGAAGUGUAGAAAGAGCAGUAUGGAGAAUAUGCAUACUGAUCAUGAUAUCAGGGUGUAGAGGGUUCGACUUACCUCGACGUAGCUGAGUGCUCUUUUCAUUUGAGGUUUAUCAAGAGCUGAAUCGUCUUGGAAUGAACGUUGUGGUUCUUAAUCAAAACACUGGAGCGGUUACAGCUCGAAGGAGAUUUGAUACGUAUUCAACAAACCAGGAAUCUACAGAAAUGAUGGAAUUCAUCGGCGGUCUGCCAGAUGGACGAAUACUCUGUCUGACAGUUAAGGUAUUUCUUAACGUAACCACAGAUACUUUCUUCUUAUCAAUUUGUUCAUCGAUGUGGGUGAAAAAAUCGAGGUGAUUCUAUGUGUAAUCAAAACGAAAUCUCGAACAUGAUUGGUUAUCACCAGCCCGAUUUGAGCACUAAUAUGACAGUGUACGCAUCAUGCUUGUGGUUGGACAGUGUAAUAGGACAGUUAAAGGGACAAUUGACCCGUUAUACCGGUGUAAGUGGACCAAAUCUGUCUGUAAUCAUGCUCGUGAUUAACAACUCGGACUCCCACUUCGUGGUCGUUCGAUUUUGUUAAUCACCCAUGUGAUUACAGAUCGAAUUUACCUCCACUCGGUCCUAUCGCCAUUAUUAAAAAAAAGAAAGUAUCUCUUUCAAAUAUUUUCUCAACAGGACGAAGCCACAAUAAGUCUGUUGGCAUCCGCUCGGAGCUACCUCCAAAGCCGUGGUAGCAGCUACAUACAACAGCUACAAUGGCGUGAUAUGUGGGCUUUCGUUACACAACAUGUAAACAAUAAAAACAUGGUGUACGCUGAAGGAUAUCAGCAAUCACCGAGUAACGAUGAGUGGGCGACUCCUGUCAGAAUCCACACUACAGUUCCGAUCUCAGAGCAAAGUACCGUGGAUUGCCAAUGGAUCAAAAAUGAUGACAACCGCCGAAGGAAAGAGUUUUGCGAUAAGUUUGAUGGCUACGAAAAAAUUUGUAAAUGUAAGGGUCUACACUGCGAAGACUGAUUACCAGAAACACGUACAUGAAAGUGACUAAUCCAAUUACAAGAAAAGAGCAGUGAAUUUCAUUCAAAUACUUCCUCAUCUAUGGUUACUGCGAACUUAAUCAGUGAUUGGCAGAAUUGAACUGAUUGCUGUAAUUCUUGUUGUUGACUACAAUUCUUCAAAUUCUGUUGCAUACAUUAAGAAUAAUUACCAGCAUAGAUUUUUUGUAUCAAUAUUUGCACGCAAUCACCAUGGAGGGGGGGGAGGGACAUUAUUAAAUUAAUAAUUAUUAUCAUCAUUAAAAUUACAACUGCCAAUGAGAGGGGAUCGUUAGAAUAUUACAAAGCCUUAUGCGUGGGAUCGGGUUAAUUUCAUUGUAACACAACCAAAAUCCUCCAACCAUCCCUUCCCCCCCUCCCACCACUUCCCCCGACGAUGAUUAAUGAUUAGUCCCUCAGCAUCACGUUUCCGCCUCGAAAGAAGUUUUUUCUUUCGUUUUCUUUCACAGGCGAGAAUCCAGAACAGUUAGCUUUUGAGCCGCCCCUACCACCAGAUGGCAGCCGAAUCAACCUUCCACUGCUGAUCAUGGCUAGUAACCGCCCUUAUUACCUGUACAGAAUGCUUAAGACGUUACGACAGGUCCAAGGGUUGAAUCAUACCAUGGUGACAGUGUUUAUUGAUGGAUUCUUCGAGGAACCUGCUUUACUUGCUGGUUUGUAUGGGCUGAAUGUCGAUCAACAAGCGGGAGUCAGUGAACGAAGAGCAAGGAUCUCGCAGGUAAAAAGCAUAGCUUUAUGAUUGGUUUAAAAAAGCUUUUGCCGCCUUCUCAACCAAUCAGAUGCAAAGGUGAAGUCAAUCCCGAUGUGGUCACGUGCAUUUUCCCGCGCUUGGCUUUCUGAAAUUCGAUCUCUGUAGGUUUGGUAAUAGAAGUCUUGAUUAAUUGAAAAUGGUGCCCUUCUCUAAGCGACUUUGUUCCUCGAAAAAGUCAUCCACGCACAUGAGAGAGUUAGAAUCCCACACGUCCAAGCGCUCCCUCAAGUUUCACCUUCAUUCUUUUUCUCAGCAUUACAAAAGAUCACUUACGGCCUCUUUUGCUCGUCAUGCUGAUGCUAGCGUUGUGGUCAUCCUCGAGGAAGAUCUUGAUGUAUCUCCAGAUAUUCUCACGUUUUUCAAUCAGUUACUCCCGGUCUUGGAAAACGAUGACAGUCUUUACUGUAUAUCAGCUUGGAAUGAUCAGGUAAAUAACUCCGAUAUCACAUUAAUUUGUGUGUGUGGCCAAAGUUUAACAAACAAAUGGUGAAGUUUGAUCGUUCGGAUGAGUAUAGUCCUGAGAAGGACUGUUAUCAGGAGUGGUGACUGACGUUUAGACAACCUGAAAGGAAGACGUCAUCAAAGUCAGGUGAAUAGAUGCUGUCAGUCGAAUUUUCUAAGUCCAGGUACCAUACAACACUUUACAAAAAGAAUCAUUCAAGACAUUAACAUUACAAAAGAACCGAACAGAACGACCAAACUUUACCGACGGAUCGAGUCCGACCAAUCACGAUCGACAUACGCCAUUUACAGAGUCUUUUAGCCAAUAACAUCACGGCAAAACUAGCCAAUCAGUUUAUCCGAACCGGACUUAGAACAUUCGACUGACAACAGCUAUUCAAUUGACUCUGAUGAUGACUUCCUCUCAGGUUAUUGUCGAAACGUCAGUUACCACUACCGACAACUGUCCCUAGGACUACACUCACCCGGAGGAUCAGACUACACUAUUACAUGUUACCCCUGAGCGCAAACCAUCUACUGUUUUAAAAACUAAAUACGAAAGGAAUUAAAGUCAAGAAUGAGAGAUGAGUAAACGCCGGAUCAAUUGCUGACGCGUAGAGUUGGAAGAAGUAGAGGAAAAGAGGAAAGGAAAAUGACGGGAUUUAAAGAAAAAGGGGGAAAGGAGAAAUGAAAUUAAAGAGGAAGGCUGAGGAGAAAGUUAAGGAAAAAAGCCUGUAAGUAGGUUUUCAUUGGCACAACGGAAACAGAGGCAAAAACCUUGGGCUUCGAGUAGGCGAGCGAGGAGAGCCAACGAGGGCUCUACGAGACUCACCGCAGACCUCUAACACGCUCGCUUAGUUCGUCGGCACGAAACUCGCGAUUUUUAUCACUCAUCCUAUAACGCAAGUGAGAGCUUGCUUUCAAGUCAAAGGGAAAAAAAGGGUGACAGCUUUAAUAAUGACAGAAGCUAACAAGGAAUCAGUUAACUCCUCUUAAUCAGCCCCAGUAACUUAUAAAUUGCAGUUUCGUUAUCAAUGUAGAUGAGUACCUUGAUAAUUAUGAAAAUUAGAUAUCGUGGACGUCUGUAGUUAUUAUGGCUAACCUACAAUUGAUAGCUAUUUGUCUUUAUCAGGGUUAUAUACAUGCAGUUAAAGAUCCAGCCAUGACCUACAGAGUUGAGACAAUGCCAGGACUUGGAUGGUAAACAUUAUACAGUCAAGUGUAUUUUUUCAAAUUUUAGUCGACGGGCUCAAUGUCUAGUUACGAAACAGGGCUGGCUUUAGUGGUUACAAUCACUUACUAUUAUGGUUAGUCUCACGCUAUCACGUACAAUCACACAUUACAAAUAACACUAUCACAGACUAAUACGCACUUUUGUUCACAAUCACGCAUUACCACGCACCAUAAAUUGCUAUCACGCACUACCACUUACCAGAACACACUAUUCGCACGAUUACACAUGACCAGUAACACUAUUGCGGACCAGUGCGCCCUAUCACUGACAAUCACGCAGUACCACUCACCACAAAUCGCUAUCACGCGGGUGACUACGCGUUGGAAAGCUUUUGUCUACUUGCACGAGUUGACUUAAAUUGAUCUUCCUUUAUCUUUUUCAAAGUGAACGCAGCACAGUUAAAGCAAACUAAGCAACAAGUGAUGUCUCUGGAAGAUCUUCGUUAAAGUGCAUGUUACAGUUUUUCGACCAUUUCAAUCAACAGAGAAAUAUUAACACAGUACGGGUCUAUUAACCAAGAACCGCUCGCCAAGAACCGCUCAGUCUUCAGGCUGCUUUGCUCGUGUUUGAAGAGCACAAGGCAACUUGGUAGAAUUUUUUUUGUCAUCGAGAUUUAUCGGUAAAUCAUCACUGCUUCGCGAGGGUCCGAACUUUUGUUAUCUUUGAACGCUGAUUGGCUCUAUUCCAUUGUUACUUACUUACAUUCGGAAAAGUGACUUGAUCGCAAAAGUGACUACGUGUGUGCGCAGUAGUUACAACCAGAGCACUAAAAGCAAAAAUCUGUCCUUGAUUUUAUUUUUAGGGUUCUGGAGCGAAAACUGUACAAAGAGGAACUUGAACCUCAGUGGCCUGGUCCCAACGUGAUGUGGGACUGGGACAUGUGGGUAAGGGGCCCGCAGGUGAGAAAGGGCCGAGAGUGCAUUAUACCGGACAUCUCUCGCACCUAUCAUUUUGGGGCCAGAGGACUGAAUGUGAAUCCAUACAUGCAGAGGACUUACUUCUCUGCACGUGCGCUGAAUACUGAGCCAAACGUAACGUUGAACGUGGACAUCAUGUACAAGGAGAAAUAUGAAAAGGAGCUACAGCGGUUACUUAGGUAAAAAUCACUGCAAUUUGUUGCUGACCAAAUUUGGGAUUGCGUUGGAUUUGAACUGUCUUUGGUAGGGCAUAUUCCCGCAAACCUCUCCACCAGUUAGAUUCAAAGCCAGAGCAAAAGCGUUUUACCCGCGCUUUACCCGCUGUUCACAUCUAUCGAGCUCUCAUUGGCUGGUUGUGAUAUUUGCCUUAGCCAAAGUUAUCACAUCAGCCAAUCAGGAAAAAGAUAGUUUACGCAAGGCGCUUAAGGGAACUAAAAAAAAUUAAAUCACGUAAUGAAGCACGGUAAAAAGCUUGCACCUCAACAAACGAUUGGUUUAACCUAGGGUGUGACCAGUUGACAAGUUGGUGCCAGUUUUCUAGACAAAUGAUCACAAAGCAAAAAAAUAAGUCUGGCGCAAUCUUGGGUUUUAAAUAACACGAAGUAAUGAUGUACGUAUAAAGUUGGGUCCAGACCCAACCAGCUGAAGUUCAUCUCGUGUCUGUGGUAUGAAACGACAAGGAAUACCGCUGUAUUAGGAGUGUUACUUCUCCUCGUCACCCUGGAGGGUAUGCCAGUGCAUUGCAUUUUGUCAGUAUCCAUGGACACUACCGACCAGAGCAGGGUUUUGUUCUUUUUUGUUAAAGAAUUCAACACAAAGACCUGGCCAAAUCUCGAGCCCAGACUUCUCGUCCAGCGCGCAAGUUAUGACACACUGCCCCUUCUACUUCGGCGAUAAUUUGAUUAUUUUACUUUUUUUUCUCUUCUUAAUUUUUUUCAGAAAAGCUGUAGUCUUAGAUCACUCAAGGACUCCAUGCACAAACCCAAACGAUUUUAUCCCUUUGACGAAGAACAAGAUCUACGUGUUUUAUAUAAGAAUGGACAGCAUUAACGACUUCACCACCUGGUCAAACGUAGCGAACUGUUUAAGAAUAUGGGAUUUAGAUCCAAGGGGUUUCCAUAAACGUUUGUGGCGAUUGUGGCUAAACGACAAUCAUGUGUUGAUUGUUGGGUGUCCUGUGUCACCCUACUGUAAUUACAAACCAAGCAGAUUACAACCAAUUCACAUUCCCAAGAAAAAGAAAUCUUGA